AUGUUGGGCGCAACGGGAGGAGCGCUUGCUUUCUCAGGUGCAACUCUUCUCAUCUCACUCUUUGCUGCUUUUUCCAUCUACAAUGAUGUGAGCUCACUCUGGCGAGAGCUUGACACUGAUAUUAUGCAUUUCAAGUCAAUGACUGAUGAUUUGUGGACUGAUAUGGUCAUUCUUGGAGCGGGUGGGCCAAAGAAUCGAGAAAGGCGGCAAACAUAUGGAGGAUAUGGAGCAGCACAGGAAAAUCUUGAUGCUCCAUCAGAGUCUGGAUUCCCAAAUGUUCGAGGACCGGCAGCGGCGGUGAAUGGAAUGGCGCCUCUUCAUUGUCAGUGCACGAUGGAGAACAGUUGUCCACAUGGACCUCGGGGAUUGGCGGGUGAGCAAGGGCCGGAUGGUCUUGAUGGAAUCCCUGGACAAGAUGGAGUUGACGGAGCUGAUGCUGAAGAUCGGCCUAACUCGAUGACAGUUGGCUGCUUCCACUGUCCACCGGGUCCACCGGGAGAACAAGGUCCAAACGGAAGACCGGGAAUGAGAGGAAUGAGAGGAUCACGUGGACAAGGAGGGCAUCCUGGAAGAGACGGAUCACCAGGAAUGCCAGGAGAAAUGGGACCACCCGGUCCACCAGGUGAAGAUGGAAAGCCUGGAGAGCCGGGACUGCGGGGAUCUGAUGCUGAGAAACCGGUCGGCCGUAAAGGACCCAGAGGUCUUCCUGGAGAUGCUGGACCUGAGGGACCUAUUGGUUUUCAAGGAAAGCAUGCCCGUCCUGGUCGUCAAGGGCCUAAAGGAGAAGAAGGGGCGUCUGGAUUCCAGGGAGCUGCUGGUGCUGAUGGUGAGAAAGGUUUAGAGGGUCGAAGCGGCAGUGUUGGCAAGGACGCCGAGUAUUGCAAAUGUCCACCAAGAGAGGCUUUCGUUGGUGCAAAUGACAAUGGUCGCACGGGAUAUCGUCGUCAUCGAUAUGUA